AUGUUAUCAACAUCCUCAUCAAAUAAUAAUGACAAUGAUUCAAAUAUUGUUGAUUUACUGUAUCAUUUAUGUAAAGAAAAUAAAAUAGAACAAGUUCGAAGUAUUCUACCAUGUAUUGGUAAUAUAAAUAUUAUAAAUAAAACUCAAAAUUCAACUACUGGCAAUCCGGAAGAUCAAAUUAUUUGUCAACAAAUUGAAACUAUCGAAGCAUAUUUUAAAGAAGCUAUAGAAAAACAAGAUUAUUUAACAUAUUUUAUAAAAGCUUAUACAUUAACAAAUUAA